GUCAGUUGCUCUUUAAAAUCAGACCGGAGACCGCAGACAUGAGACCAGUGUGUUUAAUAUUAUUUGUGUUGAUCGGAAUUGGCUGUGCCGUGGCCAAAUUGAACCGUCUGUCGUUGCAAGUAAAUGGCAACUACACCAGGACCCAUGGCAAGGUAAAGGCGGAGAAAACCCUGCUGGCUGCCAAGUACGGCUAUACCCUGGCCACCACUUCCUCGGCCUCGGAGGGCACUGAGACUCUGCACGACAGCGCCGAUCGCGAGUACUACGGCCUGCUUAGCAUCGGUACUCCCAAGCAGAACUUCAAUAUUUUAUUCGACACCGGAUCGGCCAAUCUUUGGGUGCCAAGUGCCAAGUGUUCUGCUUCGAAUAAGGCUUGUCAAAAGCACAACAAAUACCACUCCGGAGAGUCCAGCACCUAUGUGGCGAACGGGGAGAGUUUCUCAAUUGAAUACGGAACCGGAAGCCUCUCCGGUUUCCUGUCCACCGAUACUGUGGAAGUGGCUGGAAUUCAAAUUAAGAGUCAGACAUUCGCUGAGGCCACGAAUGAGCCAGGAAGUACCUUUACGGACGCCAAAUUUGCUGGAAUCUUGGGUCUGGCAUUCAAGUCGAUCGCCGUGGAUGGUGUGACUCCACCGUGGGACAACAUGAUUGAACAGAAACUGCUCGACGAGCCGGUGAUCUCCUUCUAUCUGAAGCUUAAGGGAACCGCUGUCCAAGGCGGUGAAAUGAUCCUGGGCGGCAUUGACUCCAGCCUCUACAAGGGAAGCCUCACCUGGGUGCCUGUCACCAAAGCCGCCUACUGGCAAUUCAAACUUACCGCCAUUAAGACCAAGGGUGUUUUCAUCAGCAGAAAUACCCAGGCUAUCGCCGAUACUGGCACUUCUUUGAUCGUCCUUCCAAAGGCUGCCUACACCAGAAUCAAUAACCUGAUUGGCGCCGAGGAUAAUGGCGAGGGAGAGGCCUUUGUCAGAUGCGGCAGAGUCUCAGCCUUGCCGAACGUCAAUCUCCACAUCGGGGACAGGUUCUUUACCCUCACACCCAGUGAUUACAUAAUCAGGAUAACGGAAAGUGGAGAAACCUACUGCAUGUCGGUCUUCACCUACAUGGAGGGCAACACUUUGACUAUUCUGGGUGAUGCUUUUAUUGGAAAGUUCUACACAGUCUUCGACAAGGGAAACAAUAGGAUCGGAUUCGCACCAGUUGCUUAUUAAAUUAUUGAUUUUCGAUUUAAAUAUAAAUACAAAGAGCAUGAAUUAAAAACCAAUUUCGUUUUAAAC